CACUAUUGCAAUGGCAACCAAGAAGGCCACGGGUGUGGCCGCCGUCCGCGGGACAAGGGACCUCUGGGCGAAAGACCUCGCAGCCCAGCAGCAUGUGGUGAGCAUCAUGCAGUCCACGUGCAGUCGGUACGGGUAUGCUCCCGUCCAAACGCCGAUGAUCGAGUCCACCGACCUAUACAUGCGCUCCCUUGGCACCACCUCCGACAUUGUGUCCAAGGAAAUGUAUACCUUCCCAGACAACUCGAACAACAGCUUGACGUUGCGGCCUGAAGGCACAGCCGGUGUCGUGCGUUCCAUGCUAAGCAACGGGUUGCAAUACGCUGGUCCGCAUAAAGUGUCGUACUCUGGCAGUAUGUUUCGCUACGAACGGCCCCAGCGCGGGCGGUACCGCGAAUUCCAGCAGUUUGGCAUCGAAUACCUCGGGUCGAAUGGGCCGCAUAUCGACAUUGACGUGCUGGCCAUGGCCAACGACGUCGUGAACGCGCUCGGAUUGGACUUGACGCUGCAUAUCAACACCCUCGGAUGUGUGGACAGUCGAAAAGCAUACCGAAGCACCCUCACGGCGUUCUUGGACCCACUCAAGCACGAACUCUCGGCCGACAGCCAACAGCGGUUAACGCGUGGCAGCGUGCUGCGCAUUUUGGACUCCAAGGAUAGUCGAGACAAGGAAUUGCUGCAGGACGCGCCGCGGUUGCUCGACAGUUUAACCAAAAGCGCCCGCACGCGUUUUGAUGUGGUGCAAAACGGAUUGGCGGCGCUGGGCAUCUCGUCGCAGCUGGAUCACACCCUCGUUCGUGGAUUGGACUACUACAGCCACACAGUGUUUGAAUUUGUGGAUUCUUCGUCCGGACUCGCAUGUUUAGCUGGGGGAUGCUACGACCACCUUGUCGAAGCCCUAGGGGGCCCAGCGAUGUCUUGCGUGGGGUGGGCCGCCGGCGUGGACCGGCUCACGGCACUAGGCCCCGUCCGUCGGCCCCCGCCGACGCAGAUUGCGAUGGUGCCUGUGGGCAACGUGGGCGUGUCUGCGAUACAGUUGGCGGCGGCACUGCGGCGGGCCGGCCAUGUCGUGCAUUGGAUUGAGUUUCCGCAGCUCAAGAAGCAGCUCAAGCUGGCCGACCAGUUUGGAUGUACCUACGCCAUCUUACUGGGCCAAGAUGAGCUCGAUCAAGGAUAUGUGACACUGAAGGAUCUAGGCGGACGGACGCAGCAGACGCUGCCGGCCGAGAACGUUGUCGCAUAUUUUGACCAGUUGCUAGCUUAGACAAGGUCAUUUCACGGUUAUAUGAUCUACCGUAUGUGUGGUUGAUCUGCACCGUGAACUAUGAAAACGCAAAUAGAAUUCAAAUAUUCAAUACAAUCACACAUCAAGUAC